AGAGAGAGAGAGAGAGAGGAUGGGGGGAAGAUGGGCCCCCAAAAGCCUGCACAAAGGGGCGACUUACCGCGUUUCGACCACCGAAAACAGAGCUUAUUUUGGUUGGAUUUUGUGGGCUGGGGUGGAAAAAGGUGGAACAAGCUCAUAUAAGUCUGGCCUCGUCAUCUUCUGAGUCAAAAGGAAGUCGGACAACCAAUUUAAUCCCUUCCCGUGGCUCCUGUUACCAUGGUAAAGGAAUGGGAGGAAGAAUGAUUGCCAUUGUGUAGAGCUUUGAAUCCCAUCCUAGGGACAAUUAUGGGCAGACUGAGACCCCAUGACUUCCGUUGAUGGGCUGUGAGUCUACCGCUCUGGCUUCUGGUUCUGGAGAGGAGGCCGCAUGGGGCUGCUUCUUUGGUGCCUGAUGGUUUCAGUUCCAUGCACUCUACCCCCCUAGGGAGCUCUGUCUCCAUGUUAAUGGAAUUUCAAAGGAUACAAAGCUAGUCAGAAUUUUCAUAUUGUUUGUGAAUCCAUAUAAUCUUCUAGUGAAGUCAAUUAUCUCCAAGUGCAUUAAGGAUGUGGAUGGAGAUUGUCCAUGCGUCACAUGACUUGCUUGAAUUGUUUCCCAUGAGAGAAGUUGGUGACUCCUACCAAGCCUUAUGUAAGACGCAGAUGCUAUAUCAUGUUUCUUUUAUUUGAAGUCAAGCUCCCUGUUUUGCUGCUUCUGGCUCUCCUUUUGGAAGACUGCAGGAAAGUAACCUUGCUCUGCUGCUAGUUUCCUUCAAAGACAUCUAAAAAUUUGGCAGUUAUGUGAAUAGGAUACUAGUAGGAACUACUCAAAAAUGAUUGAUAAGUGAUACUGCUGAAGUUUAUUUGGAUAUUGACAAUGAACCAGUAAAAUCGGUUGUUGAUUAAUUAAAUCUUCCCCAGAGAUGAAGAGGCGUUUGAACUGUCCUCUAGUAGUUGCAUGACUUGCUUCAACUUUUGACAGCCUGCUGUGAUGGAGCAUGAUCUAUUUAAUGCCUCUCUGUCAUUACCAACUCAUAAUGAACUGGCCAUUGAAUCAGCUUCCCUGCAUAUGCUUUCAGAUCCACUCACACAGUCAAGCUUACCAGGUAACAACAACCAUAGACAAACAAUGGCUGGUUAUCCAUUGCUUUCCACAUUUCAAGAAGAAGCACUGAACAGUCUUUAUGCAGCGAAUAAUGGUGAUAUGUUCAAUGGCAAUCUGUCAUAUUCCAGAAAUAUGCCUCACGUUGGAAAUACUUCAUAUGAUGGAUCCAAUGGAAACACUGACUUGAGGGAACAUUUCAUGGGAACUUGCUUGUCUGCCACUUCACUUGCCAACCUUUUGUCUGCCAGCACAUGUUUACACGAAAAUCUUAUCAAUAUCAAUACUGUGUCAGCUUCCUCAUUGCCACCUGAAGAGACGCGAACUUCUGUUUCCUGUGAUAGUUGCAAUACUAUAGAUUCAUCAGUUACAACUUCAGUAAAUUGUGCAAUUGUGCCACAAGGCGAUGGAGGCCUUUUGACAUCCAAAAAGGGUGCUUGUCUUAAUGGGCAAUUUAAUUAUUCAUGGAAUUAUGAGGAAGUUCUAGGUCGUGAGAUGCCUUCAGGUAAAACAUUUACCUCAAUUCAUCCAUCUUAUCAUGUAUUAGGAAGCUCAGAGACUGGCUGGAGUUAUGAUAAGGCUAGUUUGAAAUUUUCCCAUCCAUUCAAUAACUAUAUGCCAAGUAAUGAGCUUUCUCUGAGUCUUGGCGCCAGCCAGCCUUCCAUUAUCAGCAUGCCUCAUGCCCCAGACCAGGGCUCCGAAGCAAGCUGCUCUGGCGUAACUCUAGUUACGUCGAAUGAUAGUGGAUACCCUGUUCCUACCGAAUUGCCAGCCUGCUCUCAUGCUUUCCGAAAUUCUCCCUGUGAUGUCGGUUGGGGAAUGGGAGUAAGGUCGGGGCAGCCGCUUCCUAACAAUGAGAAGUUUUCUCUGUACCAUAUGACUUCUAGUCUGUUUCGGCUUUCUCAUGUGCUAUCAGGAUCAAGAUAUCUCCAUGUGGCCCAACAAAUACUUGCCGAAGUUAUUUCCUAUGCCGUUCCAGAUUGGCAUGAGAUGAACAGUGACUCUGUUGCUGGGAUUGAGGGUGAGGACAAGAUGUCUUUUUCUUCAAGUUGGUCUAAUAUACAAGAACUUGCAAUAUCAGGCUCUGAUGAGUAUCCACUUUCUUCUGGAGAGAUUAAAUCUCAAGGCCUUGUUGAUGGCCAAAGAUGUCUGGAAGCUUUUACAAAGAAAACUGAGCUAGUAACAAUGCUUCAGUUGGUUGACCAAAGAUAUAACCAGUGCAUAGACCAGAUCCAUGAUGUCAUAUCUGCAUUCUGCAAUGCAACUGGGUCAGGCACUGCUCACAUGCAUGCAUGGUUUGCUCUUCGUACAAUUUCUUCUCUUUAUAAAAAUUUGAGGAAGAGAAUUACCAGUCGGCUUCUCUUGAUGACCCAACGACCUAGCACCGAAUGCAUGAGAGAGAAGGAGAAAAGCCUUGAAUCUUCAUUAAUCCAGAAACAAUGGGCACUGCAGCAGCUUAGGAGGAGAGAUCAGCAUUCUUGGAGACCUCAAAGGGGCUUGCCUGAAAAAUCUGUCUCAGUUCUACGGGCAUGGAUGUUCCAGAACUUUCUGCACCCGUACCCAAAAGACAAUGAGAAGCAUUUGCUUGCCAUCAAAAGUGGUUUGACAAGGAGCCAGGUAUCCAAUUGGUUUAUAAAUGCACGAGUUCGUCUGUGGAAACCGAUGAUAGAGGAAAUGCACUCCGAACUUACUAAGAAGAACCAAACCGAUGGAUCAGGUGGUGAAAGUAGGAGCCAUGGAAACAUUCGUGGUCAAAGGUUGCAAACGACUUGAGGUGCAAGAAAAAAAAAGGGUUGUGAAGGACUUAGGUGCCUAAAUCUUGUCUUCAUUUAGUAGUAAUACACUAAUCAGGCCAAUGUUCUAUGGCAACUCAUGAUCUGAUCCCAAAUUUAAGCAUAUCACUAAUUUACUUUUAUUUUUGUUUC